ACUUCGGCCUCUUCCUACGUUCUUCACUUUUACCCUGCAAAUGUCCGGCACGCUUAGUCCGUUCUGGCCCCUGUUUCGUUUGUGAUCUCCCCGAUAUUUAGAAACCUCGCAUCGCCACGGAUCGAUCGAAUGUCUUGAAGCGACGGCAUGUUCAUGUUCCUUUCCCCGUCUUCGCUUUGUCAUCUGCAAUCUUCGAAUGCGUUUCAUGCGAUCUCGCCUUAGUUUCGGAUUUUUCCGACACCUCGAGUUCCAUCCUUCCAUGAUCUUUGCUGUCCUUCAAUUCUAGUCAUCUGAAUCUGCGGGAUUUUUGCUGGGAUCGAACCUCUUCGCGAUCGGAAAAGUCUGAAACGAGUACCUCUUGUUUUUCUCUGCCGGAAGCCCCACACGAAGGGGGCUAAGAUUUGAGGUAUAAGGGUCCCGAGAAGUUGCAGGGAUGCAGCAGCAGUACGGGGAGGAGCUCGAGGAGGAGCUGAGGACAUUGAGGGAACGGUUGAACGAGGCGGAGGACGAGAGAGAUCAAAUGGUCAUUCAGCUGAGAGAGUCGCGAAAGGCGGCCGAGGAGGCGAACAGGAGGCUCGCCGAGGCCUUUGCGGCUAGGAAAGUGCCGGAGAUAUACACAGAGCUCAACUCGGUUAAGAGAUUGUUGGCAAACACGAACCAACAGCUGAAGGUCAAGGAGAAAGAUACGGAGUCAUUGAGGGUCGAAGCCGCAAGGGCGAAGCAGCUCGAGCUCAAAUUGGCGGACCGAGAGGCUGCAUUGAAGAAGUUGGAAGACAAGCCGAGCAACACGAAAGCCGUCGAGGCUGAGGCGGAUUCGCAAAGCAAGAGGAGGAUUCGGGAGCUAGAGGAGGAACUGAGAAACAGAAAGGAAUCCGAAGGGAAGACGUUCGAGUCUUUGGUUGCCUUGACGAAGCAGCUCGAGCAGACCAAGAUAUCGGUCGAGGAGGCGAAGGUCGAGAAUGGCUCGCUACGAGAGAAGGUAGAGAGAUUCGAGGAGCAGUCGCGGCAAAACGGUAAAGCCACCAACGUCUCGAGAAUUUGCUUCAAGGACAAUGCUUCCACGAAACAGACCCUGGAAAGUCUCAGGUCCGAACUUCAAUCGACGAAGGAAAGCCUUUCCGCACCCGCGAGGGAGAGAAGAAGGCCUCUUCGAAGGUCGAGGGCCUCCUCGAUGAGAUCAGCAAGCUCAAGAACGAGCUGAAAUCCGCGAGCGAAGCAGAAGAGAACAGCAAGAAGGCGAUGGACGAUUUAGCCUUGGCAUUGAAGGAGGUAGCGACGGAGAUGAAUCAGGUGAAGUUGAGGCUCGACGUGACGCAAGCUGAGCUCGAGCACUGGAAAGGGGAAGCAGAAAUGGUGACGGAAAAGUUGAAGAACACCGAAGACAGGUUCAAAGAACUUUUAGAUGAAUCAAGAAAAGAGAUGGAACAAUACAAGAACACUAGCGAGAGGCUCAGGUUAGAGGCUGAAGAGUCACUCCUGGCAUGGAACGGGAAGGAAACGGGCUUUGUGGGAUGCAUCAGGAGAGCCGAAGACGAAAGGACGGCGGCUCAACAGGAAAACAUUAGGCUCGCCGAGUCUCUCAAGGCGGCCGACAGGAUGGUCAAGGCAUCGAGAGAGGAAAACAUCAAGCUGCGCGACAUACUCAAGCAAGCGCUGAACGA